AUGGGCGUUGAUUUUCUUGCAGCCAUUGGUUCUGAAAAAAAAAUGGGUGAACUUGAGCAUGAUAUAGUUGUCUAUAGUAGUGAUACCAUUGUGAUGAUUUAUGGAAUAGACCAAGACGAGUACUGUCAUAUGGAUUUGGUCGCCGAUAUUAACAAAGCUACACUUCCAGCUUCAAAUGCAAAUGUGGAUACGAAUGAGAACAAGGAAGUUGGUAAUAUGGUUGUAGGUGAAAAUGAAAACAGAGAGGUUGAUAAUGUGGAAACAAGUGGUAUAAAUUUAGAAUUUAAGGUUGGAAAUGUGGAAACAGGUGUUGUAAAUGUUAAGUUUGAGGUUGGAAAUGGGGAAACUGAUGUGGUAGAUAAUGAUAAGGAGGAUGGUGUAUAUGGUUUUAGUUUUGAGGAUGAGGACUGGAGAGGUGAAGGUGAUGAUGUUCCUGAUUCUAGGAAUGAUUGCCAAUAUGUUGGGCCAAUUAGCACAUGUGAAGAGUGGGAUGCAAAUAGUGAUGGUUUCUCAGAUUAUCAAUCUGGGAAUGAAGGUGGUAGGAGUAGUAAUGAUUCUGAUGAUGUAGAGAAUAUGAAUGGUGAUAGCAAGCAAAAGAGAAAAUCCAAAGUGUAUGAUACAUCUGACUAUGGGACUGAGUUUCAUAUUGAUAAUGGUUGA